CCGGCGCUGUUCCUGGCGCGGCACUGGGAGCGGGCGCCGCUGCUGGUGCGGCGGGGGGACCCCGGCUACUACGCGGGGCUCUUCUCCACGGCCGACUUCGAGGCCGCCCUGCGAGGCGGCGAGGUGCACUUCGGGACCCACCUGGACGUGACCAGCUACGCCGAGGGGGUGCGGGAGACGCACAACCCCUCUGGCCGGGCCCUGCCCGCCGUCGUCUGGGACUUCUACCAGAACGGCUGCUCCCUGCGGCUGCUCAGCCCCCAGACCUUCUCCCCCACCGUCUGGCACUUCCUCUCCAUCCUGCAGGAGCACUUCGGCAGCAUGGCGGGGGCCAACACGUACCUCACGCCACCGGGGACGCAGGGCUUCGCCCCCCACUACGAUGACAUUGAGGCCUUCGUGCUGCAGCUGGAGGGGAAGAAGCACUGGCGUGUCUACAGCCCCCGGACGGACGCUGAGGUGCUGCCCCAGUUCUCCAGUGCCAACCUCACGCAGGCAGAGCUCGGCGAGCCCGUGCUGGAGGCGGUGUUGGAGGCCGGGGACCUGCUGUACUUCCCCCGCGGCUUUAUCCACCAGGGCGACUGUCUCCCUGACGCGCAUUCGCUCCACAUCACUGUGUCUUCCUACCAGAGGAACUCCUGGGGGGACCUCCUGGAGAAGCUCCUCCCAGCCGCCCUGCAGAUGGCCCUGGAGGAGGACGUGGAGUACCGGCAAGGGCUCCCCAUGGACUACCUGGGGUACAUGGGGGUCGCCAACUCGGACGCACGUGAUGCUCGCCGGACGGCCUUUAUGGAGAAGGUGCAGAACCUGAUAAAGAAACUCGUGGACUAUGCACCCAUUGAUGCUGCCGUGGAUCAGAGAGCCAAGUCCUUUCUUCAUGACUGUCUCCCCCCAGUGCUUACGCAAAGUGAAAAGGCACAGAGUGUGUACGGCUUCCCAGCCCGGUGGCAAGAUGGAGGCCCCUGCGAUGUCGAUAUACGGAUAACAAAAGACACAGAAGUACGCCUCCUCCGCCAUGGUGUCAUUAGAUUGUGUAACGAAGAAGCAGGUGUGAUGCUGUAUUACACAACGGAAAACUCAAGAGUGUAUCACAAGGAAGAACCCAAGUUCCUUGAGAUAGAUCCUGAGUAUACAGACAGUAUCGAAUUUCUCCUGUCUUCCUAUCCAAACCACGUCAGUGUGAAUACCCUUCCAUGUGAAACCUUGGAGGACAAGAUUUCUCUAGCCACUCUCCUGUUUGAGAAGGGCAUUCUGACUACAAAGAAGCCUCUGGUGCAAGUGUAACUAUUUUUUUACAAAAUAAACAUCGUUUGUUUAGAA